ACCACGUCUGCCUCAGGCGGCGGUUGCGUCCCUCAGCUUUAACGGCCGUUACACACGCGCAAGGCCGCACACCCAAGAGCGCGCGCCCUCCAGCCCCGCCUCUUUCUGCCUACCCCUGACCAAUCAGGAGUCAAGCCGCGAUUAGCCUGUUCAGCUCAACAUCACAUGAAAAUCCACUACGACAACUUUGAGAGGAGGUUGAAACUUAUCAGGUGACUUAGCUACCAAUGUGGACUUGGAUCAUGUAAGUCAAAGAAGUUAACAAGAUAGGACAGACAGAGAAGUAGAGAAUGAAGACCUUGAUUUGGAUGAAGAGAAAAACAGUAAUGUCACCUGGCAGACCAGCACCCCCAACCAUGCAAUUUAGACGCCUGACCCCUAGCUACUUCCGGGUACUACAGAUGCAGGUGGCUGGAAAGCUGAAGGCAGAACCCCGUAGCCCGCUGGCUGGGGUUGUGGCUACACUGCUAGCUGUGCUCGGACUGGGCGGCUCUUGUUAUGCUGUGUGGAAAAUGGUGGAGCAGCAGCCACCAUCACAGGUCCCAUGAUGAAGCAGACCGCCUCUCCUCUGAACUCUUGAGGGUUCGAUGGUUAGCUGCUUCAGCCUGGGAGAAAAAGAGUUGCAGCUGACCGAAUACAAGCCCUGAUUGCCUAGCACCCUUUCAUCAAUCCUCUCCUUACUCCAUACCUCUUCUUGUGGUCUUUGGAUCGGAAAUGGGUCUUCAGAUUGGCGGAAUCGAUGAAGUACCUCCUGCAGAGAUGAGGGUGUGGAAGAGAAAAUAAGUGAUGUCUCUCAGGUCCGGCCGCCGCCGCUUGGCCUUCAUCUGGCGGGCUAAGGAGUGCGCUCGGUGCGCACCUGUACAGCGGGAGCGACCCAUGGCCAGUGACAGCAAGGCCAAGGGGCCGAGAGCUGCGAGGGACCACACGUGCCUGACACUUCCGGAACGCUCGAUGACGUCAUGAGCCGCCCGGGGGCGGAGCAGGAUCGACCCGACCGCCUCUGAUGACGUCACUCUCAAGGCCCGCUACUUGAGCGCCCCCAGGCGGCAAUGGACGUUAUUGACGGGACUCCUGGCGCAGCUAAAAGAAACUUGUUCACACCUGGGGAGAAGCCUUAGUUUUCAGCUUCGGGACAGGGUGUAUGUAGCAUGUGCUUGGAAGGCUUGGGGCUUGUCCUGCACCUCUGUCCAUUUCCAGGUGGACCUGAAAUUCCUUCCUACUUUCCAUACCUUAAGACUCCGUAAUGGGUGUGAGAUGCUGUAGCCACCUCUCGAAAGGCAUAGAUAAUAUCUGUGAUUUAAAUAAAUUAAUAAAUGUUUAGGGUAAGUUUGGGGGUCCUCGCCCUAAAGAUACCUCCAACCCUUGACAAAUCCUUUA